GGGAGAAACAGAAAGAAAAGGAGAGAAAAUCCCAGGGACUCCUUUCUUUUCUUGAAGUUUAGUUGGGUUUAUGGAGCCUACGGGUCUGCAAAAUGAAGCUCUCCGCUGUUGCGAUAGUUCUCCUGACUAGAGCUUUUAUUGGAGAGCUAAGUGAAGCUCUAAAUGUUACCGUCACCCCUGGGCCAGUCAGCAUGUGUAUGCAGGGAGACAACAUCACUUUGUCCUGCUUAGUGUCUCAGAGAAAGAGAAGCAGCAAUGUCCUGGUGCUACGCUGGCUCUACUUCCCCACCCCUGAAGACGAGCACCUCGUGGUCAGGAUGGGCAUGAAGAAGAGCAAAUAUUAUGGCAACUACAGCAAACACUUUCCCCAGAGCAAGUUCCACUUGCGGGAAGAAAUGGACGGUCAGAUCUACCGUUUGCUGAUCCUGAAUGUGUCCCUGGAGGACGGGGGCAACUAUACCUGUAAAGUGCAGGAAAUACGGAAGCACAGAAACAAGUGGAGGGCCUCGUCGAAUGGAACAGGGAGCAUGGAAUUACGAGAUUUGUAUCUGUGUGCUGUGCUCAUCUGCUCUAUCGGUCUGGUCUGUAUGUUUGUCUUUGCCAUGACUAUCACAUGUCAGCACCUGCAGCACAAACGAAGACUACGAGCCAGUUAUUACCUUGUGAAGUGUCCUGAAAACAGUUCAGGAGAGACAGUUACCAGUGUGUCCAGCUCCUCUCCUGCAAUGCACAGAAAAGAGAGACGACACAAACUCAGAGACAUCACUGAACAGCUGCGACCACCACAGAUACCAGCUAAAGCACCUGUACCAAGAAAGCCACGUAGGACCAAACUUUUAAAGGCACAACCUACAAAAAUGCCAAGGGUGGUAGAGGACAGUCUGACAUAUGCAGAGCUGGAGCUGGUGAAACCGAAGCCUGAGCUGAAUACAGACUUGCCUGGAUGUGCACAACUUGAGCCUAAAACACAAUGCACGGGGACUGUAUAUGCCCAAAUACUCUUUGUGGAGAAGCAAGUGUAAAUAUGUACAGUAUAGAGUUUCAUACCAAAAUUAUUUAUGAGAUUAAAAUAUUUUUACCUACAUACUGAUGUUCUGUUAUUUCACGUGUACUAGUAUUAGUAUAAAAUCUGUCAUACAACAGCAGCAUUUUCUUAUAUAUGGGCACAUUUAUGCACCUAUGGAUU